GGGAACGCCAUUUUCUGACCUCUCCUUCUACGCGUUUCUUUCUCCAUCAGCCAUUAAAACCACCUCGCCGUUUCUCUUCUUCUUCCUCACAGGCGAAAAUGGCAAGCCCUAAAUUCAACAAAUCAAAAUCCUCUCAAUCCGCCCUCGUCUGGGACUGCGGAAGCUCCCUUUACGAUUCCUUCGAACUCAAUUCCCUCAAACGCCAACUCGAUUCCGCUAUUGCUUCAAGAUCCUUGUCCAUGCCUCAUCUCCCUGGCCGCCGCUGCCUUCCUCCUCCGCCGCCGCUUCCGCCUUCCAAAAGGCCGUCCAAGAUUUCCAGGUCUCUGCACAAAUUUCUUCGAUCAGUAUUCAGGCACAAGCCGAAUUCGAGCCCUAGCGUUGAGGCUAAUCCGGAACGAGCCGAUGCUGGAUAUUACGUUCUGUAUGGCGAUGACGCGGAUCCGCUCUCUGCAAAUCCGGAGGUCGGAUUCCCCGGAUUCUCGCCGGAAAUUGGCUCUUUGGUCCGGCGCACUGCGUCCGAGAGGUUCACGGCGGCUACUUCCAUGGGUAUUUCUUGUGCUUGAAGAAGCCUUCUUCAAUAUGUAAAUUCGUUAUAAUUUUAAUCAAUAAUUUUUAACAAUUAAA